AGUGAUCAUUUUUUUUCUGCUCUUCAAAAUUACCCGCGAAAAUCACAACUAUUUGUCGUGUUCAUAAUUUCAAAAUUUGACCAAAAUUAUCUUCGAAUUUUCUGUGUCUGAUUGUUGUACUGCUAUUUGGAAACCAUGGGAGACUUAUCAAGUGAGGACAUGUCGGAAACACUGCGAGUGCUUGUGGCGACUGAUUGUCACUUGGGAUAUAUGGAGAAGGAUGAGAUACGGCGGCAUGAUUCUUUUCAGGCGUUUGAAGAGAUAUGCUCCAUAGCGGAGAAAAAGCAGGUGGAUUUUGUACUUCUUGGUGGUGAUCUUUUCCAUGAAAAUAAGCCUUCUAGGUCAACAUUAGUUAAGGCCAUUGAGAUUCUUCGCCGUCAUUGUCUCAAUAAUCAGCCUGUGCAGUUCCAAGUUGUUAGUGACCAGACUGUGAAUUUUGCAAACACAUUUGGCCAUGUAAAUUAUGAAGAUCCCCACUUCAAUGUUGGCUUACCAGUGUUCAGCAUCCAUGGAAAUCAUGAUGAUCCUGCUGGAGUGGACAACCUUUCAGCAGUUGAUAUCCUUUCAGCAUGUAAUCUUGUAAAUUAUUUUGGGAAAAUGGUUCUUGAGGGUUCUGGUGUUGGUCAGAUCACUAUCUACCCUAUUCUUAUUAGGAAGGGUUCAACUGCUGUGGCCUUGUAUGGUCUUGGAAACAUUAGGGAUGAAAGACUCAAUAGAAUGUUUCAGACACCACAUGCCGUGCAAUGGAUGAGGCCGGAGUCUCAAGAAGGAUGUCAACUGUCCGACUGGUUCAACAUUUUGGUGCUUCAUCAGAAUAGAGUGAAGACAAAUCCAAAAAAUGCAAUAAAUGAGCAUUUUCUACCGAGAUUCAUGGAUUUCAUAGUGUGGGGACAUGAGCAUGAAUGUCUGAUUGAUCCUCAGGAAGUUCCUGGGAUGGGCUUUCACAUUACACAACCAGGUUCUUCGGUAGCAACAUCACUAAUUGAUGGAGAAUCGAAGCCAAAGCAUGUGCUGCUUCUAGAAAUUAAGGGAAAUCAAUAUCGCCCAACCAAGAUACCUUUGACAUCAGUCAGGCCUUUUGAAUAUGCAGAGGUUGUGUUAAAGGAUGAAGGUGACAUUGAUCCCAAUGAUCAGAACUCUAUUCUCGAACAUUUGGACAAAGUGGUCAAUAAUCUGAUAGAAAAAUCUAUUACAAAGUCUGUUAGCAGAUCAGAGCUAAAGCUUCCAUUAGUUCGAGUGAAGGUUGAUUACUCUGGAUUUAUGACAAUCAAUCCCCAAAGAUUUGGGCAAAAGUAUGUGGGGAAGGUAGCAAAUCCUCAAGAUAUUCUUAUAUUUUCAAAGGCCUCUAGAAAGGCUCAGGGCCAAGCUAAAUUUGAUGAUUCUGAGCGCCUUCGCCCAGAAGAGCUAAAUCAACAAAACAUAGAAGCUCUGGUCGCUGAAAGUAACCUGAAAAUGGAGAUCCUUCCAGUCAAUGACUUGGAUGUUGCACUGCAUAAUUUUGUUAGUAAAGAUGACAAAAUGGCAUUCUAUUCUUGUUUGCAGUACAAUCUUCAAGAAACACGUAACAAAAUUGCGAAGGAGUCAGAUCCGGUAAAGUUUGAAGAGGAGGAUAUAAUUCUUAAAGUUGGAGAAUGUUUGGAGGAACGAGUCAAGGAAAGGUCUACCCUCUCUAAGGAUGCUCCGCAAUUUUUAUCUAAUCCACAGUCCAUGCAGGAUUUCAGAAGUACAAUUGAUGCAGGAAGCGGAAGUGCAGUUUCCUUUAGUGAUGAUGAAGACACAACACAACUAUCUGGUUCAAAGGUCUCUAGUAGAAACCAGAAAGGGUCAAGAUCAGUUUCUAGGCCUUCUUAUGAUGCUUCGGAAGCCGAUAAAGGUAAAACGACAACAAGAGGAAGGGGUAGAGGCAGAGGUAGAGGUAGAGGGAGAGGCUCAAGUAAUUUGAAGCAAACAACCCUUGAUGUAACUCUCGGGUUUCGCCAGUCUCAAAGACCUGCAUCAGUCACUGCCACAGCUGCAGUUAGAAGUAUUGCCGAUGAAGACGAAAAUGUGGAUUCUGCUUCAAGUGAAGAUGCUGAGAAUAGAAUAAAUGAGGUUGAGGACAGUUCGGAUGAUGGUGAAAGAAUUGUAGGUAAAGGGGGCAAAAGAGCUGCUCCUAAGGGAAGAGGUAGAGGUGUUUCAUCAUCAAAGCGAGGAAAGAAAUCAGAUAAUUCAGUGAUUCAAAGAAUGCUCAUUGGCAGGGAUGACGACGACGAUGAUGACCACAUGGAAAAGCGAUUAAAUAAAUCUCAACCUCGGGUAACUAGGAAUUAUGGAGCUUUAAGACGGUAGAGGCAAAUGAAGCUCAACAUCCCUACUGUAAACCCUGGUCAACCAUCAAAUUUUUCUUGGUCUCACAUUAUUGACCCAUUAUGCUGCCUAUCCUUAACCGGAAAUUAUUUUGGGGCUGAAGUUUCAGAAACGAGGUAACUAAAUGAGUGAAUGUGCAUAUGAAAUUUCUUCAGAUGUAUACACGAGUGCUGCUAGCGUUAUGCUUGUUUCAAAUAGGGUUUGGUGAUCAUUAUUAUCCUGUGUAUGGAUUUGUGCUUUUAUAGCGCCGACUAAUUGGGUUAACCUUGAUGCA